AUGUCUAUUGAUCGAUUAUCUCAAGUUGUUCAACCAACAAGACCAAGAUUCAAAGAAAUCAAGCACCUUUCAUGUGUGACGUAUGGAAAAACUAUGUCAAAACCAGUCUUCUCGAAUGCCUUCAGAACACCACAAUGUGCGGCUGCACCCCUCACCUCGCAGUCUGUCAGAUAUUCAUCGAAUACACCCGAUGUACCAAACCCCGCUUCUGCAGACAGAACCUCGAUGACUCCACCAGCAGCAACAUCUACUCCCGAAGAACCAUCCGACGAAGAUAUCUUUGGCGUCCGUUACCCUCGUAACGUUCAGGCCAUCUACCUCAAGCCCCUCCGCCGCGAAGCCGAAUACGGAGUUCCCUCCUGCGAUUUGCAGCUACGAUCAUACAGCGUCCGCAACCUAGAGUUCUUUUCCGACUUCGCUCUUCGCGCGGCAUACUAUCUCAAAUUACCUGCAUAUGGACCUAUACCGUUGCCGAGAAUUAUAGAAAGAUGGACAGUGCCUAGAUCGCAUUUCAUUCAUAAGAAGAGUCAAGAGAAUUUUGAGAGAAAGACGUUGAGGAGGUUGAUUCAGAUUAAGGAUGGACAUCCAGAGACUGUGAGCUUAUGGCUGGCGUUUUUAAGGAAACAUGCCUACUAUGGAAUAGGAAUGAAGGCGAAUGUUUGGGAGUAUAAUGAGAUUGGUGUGGGCAAGGCUAUGGAUGCUAGUAUGGAGGAGAUGAAGACAGUUAUGGAACCACAGUGGGAGUUGUUUGGUAGGAGACAAGGUACGGAGACGGCAGAUAAGGUUAUGGAGAUCUUGAAUAGAGAGAGCUUCAAGGCGGCUGCGGGAGGCAGCUCCCCUGGGGUGAGAAUUGAGCCAUGA